CAGAGAGCAUCACAACUUCAGUCACUGCAGUGAAGGCAAGUCAACAUUAGACAAAAUCUCCUCAGGCAAUGGACAGGGCAAUCAAUCAACAACUACAAUGGCUCCAACAAACACAACAGCUGUCCCGACAACAACCACAGUGGCUCCAAUGACAACUGCAGCGGCUCCGACAACAACCACAGCUGCUACAACAGCAACAGCUGCCGUGACAACAAUCACAGCUUCUCCAGCAACCAGCACAGUAGCUCAAACAACCACAGCUGCUGCUCCAACAACCACCACAGUAGCUCAAACAACAACCACAGUCGCUCUAACAACCACCAAAGUAGCUCAAUGAACAACCACAAUGGCUCCAACGACCACCACAGUACCUCCAACAACAACCACAGCUGCUCGAACAGCAACAGCUGCCCCAUCAAUAACCAAAGCUUCUACAACAGCAGCUGCCCUGACAACAACUACAGCUUCUCCAACAACAAACACAGCUGCUACAACAACGACAGCUGGCCCGACAAUAACCACAGCUGCUCCAACAACAACCGCUGCCCAGACAACAACCACAGUGUCUCCAACAACAACCACAUAUGCUCCAACAACCACCACAGUAGCUCAAACAACAACCACAGUGGCUCCAACAACCACCACAGUAGCUCAAACAACCACAAUGGCUCCAACAACAACAGCUGCCCCGACAACAACCACAGCUGCUCCAACAACCACAGGUUCUCCAACAAGCAACACAGUAGAUCAAACAACCAAACCUACUCCAACAACCCCCACAGUAGCUCCAACAACAACCACAGCUGCUACAACAAUGACAGUUGCCCCGACAAUAACCAAAUCUGCUCCAACAACAAAGGCUGCCCAGACAACAACCACAGCGGCUCCGACAAAAACUGCAGCGGCUCCAACAACAACCACAGUUGCUCCAACAACAAUAGCUCCCCCGACAAUAACCACAGCUGCUCCAACAGCAACAGCUGCCCUGACAACAAAUCUGUCAGCCAACCAGUGUUUCAUUUCCCUACAUAA